UCUAAUUGAACCGGUUUGAUACAAGUUCUUAUGUUCUCUUUCUUUGUUCUUGUUUAAUACUUUGAAUGCUCUUGUUAUCUUAAUCAAUAUGUAUCAUUUGGUAUCAGAGCUGUAGGUUGAUUAAGAGCAUUCUAAUUCAUCCCUUAAACACAUUAAACACACAAACAAAACCCAAACACAAUCCCCCCCAAAACCGAACCUAUUCUAAGCCCAAACACACUUCUUUUCUUCUUUCUAGCCUAACUUUCAUUGAGGUUGAAUCAAUCAUGAGUGGAGGUGAAGAAAAUCAGUUUAAAAGAGGUAUGAACUUGAGUGAAGCAAGGUUGGUAGGAGUGGAGAAUCAAAUAGCCACUUUGAGUGAACAAAUGGCUAAUUUGAUGACUGUUGUUAGAGAGGGGUUUAGAGGACCUUUAAGGAGAGAAAAUGUGGAGGAUGAAGGAGUAGCCUAUGAUAGUAGUGAAGAGGUUGUCUCUGAAUCUUCAAGAACUAGGAGAAAGCCACAAAAAAAAGAUGAUUUUAGAGACAUUAAGUUAGAAGUUCCUGAGUUUGAUGGAAACCUUAAUCCAGAUGUUUAUUUGGAGUGGGUUUCAAGGUGUGAGAGGAUCUUUGAACUUAAGGAGUAUGAUGAUGUUAAGGCCUUUAAAGUUGCUGUAGCUAAGCUAAAGGGGUAUGCAUCCCUUUGGUGGGAGAAUGUUGUACUAGCUAGGAGUAGAAAACAUAAGCCUAAAAUUAAGAGUUGGUUAAAACUUAAGAAAAAAAUGAAAGAGAAGUUUUUACCUUCUACUUAUACUCUUGAUUUGUAUAACCAACUUGCUGAUUUGUCUCAAGAUCAUAAAGGAGUUGAACAUUAUAUUCAUGAAUUUGAGAAAUUGAUGAUGAAACUUGAUGUUCAAGAGAGGGAGGAGCAAACUAUGGCACGUUUUCUAGGAGGAUUAGAAAAGGAAAUUAGGAGGAAGGUGGAGUUACAACCUUAUUCUACCUUAGAUGAACCUUCAAUUUGCUUUAAAUGGAGAAACAUCAAAGGAGAGAAAGAAGAAGAUGGCGUGGAGAGAUAA